CACUCUGAGAGAUAUAAUGGCUCUUGUUCUUCAACAAUCCUUCUCUCUGUUUAUUACUCUCUUAUCUCUUGUUUCUCUUCUGAUCAACCCUAGCUCUUGCUUCAAGCCCAAGCUUCUCAAUGUCUCAAAGAAUAAUGUUCCAUCCAAUUCUGGUUGGUCACCCGCAGGUGCAACAUGGUAUGGAAGCGCCACAGGUGCCGGGAGUGAUGGGGGUGCUUGUGGAUAUGCGUCCACAGUAGAGCAAGCCCCAUUCUCUUCAAUGAUUUCAGCUGGAGGCCCUUCUUUAUACGAAUCAGGCAAAGGGUGUGGAGCUUGUUAUCAGGUUAGGUGCACAGGGAAUGCAGCAUGCUCGGGAAACCCGGUGACUGUAGUGAUCACCGAUGAGUGUCCGGGGUGUACAUCUGAAUCUGCUCAUUUUGAUUUGAGUGGUACAGCUUUUGGAGCCAUGGCAGCUUCUGGUAAAGCUGAUCAACUACGCAAUGCUGGAGUUCUGGAGAUUGAAUAUAGAAGAGUGGAGUGCAACUGGCCUGGCGCGACAAUAGCCUUCCACGUGGACGCUGGCUCCAAUCCAAACUAUUUUGCUUCCCUAAUUGAAUACGAAGACGGAGAUGGAAGCCUCCGUGGGGUCGACCUCAAACAGGCCCUUGACUCGGCCUCAUGGCUUCCCAUGCAGCAGUCAUGGGGUGCAGUUUGGAAGCUUGAUGCUGGCUCAACAUUGCAGGCUCCUUUUUCCAUCCGCCUAACCUCGCUCGACUCCGGCAGCACCGUCGUGGCCAACAACGUCAUUCCGGCCGGCUGGCAGGCCGGAAAAACUUACCGAUCUGUUGUCAACUUCCAGACCUAAUUAAAUCAUAUGUUUGAUCAGUUUGGUUGUUUGCAAAAAUUUAUGUAGUUUUUAGUACUGCUGAAGAUGAACUAAAAAGUCAGCUGAGCUACCGCCUAUACUAGACUUUGGUUUGUCGUCUCAGACAGAAAGCAUCUAUGAAUUAUUAUUUAGAGUUA